UUCCGGGAAAAGCCGAUGAUUGGACCGAGCGCUCCAGGGCGGUGCUUGAGGGGGCGGUGCCGUGUCGGAAGUCAAAGGGAGGACGUGGGCUGGUGGCGGAGCUGGCUGCAGCAGAGCUACCAGGCAGUCAAAGAGAAGUCCUCUGAAGCCUUGGAGUUCAUGAAACGGGACCUGACAGAGUUUACCCAGGUGGUGCAGCAUGACACAGCCUGCACCAUCGCAGCCACAGCCAGCGUGGUCAAGGAGAAGUUGGCUACUGAAGGUUCCUCAGGGGCAACGGAGAAGAUGAAGAAGGGAUUGUCUGACUUCCUGGGGGUGAUCUCAGACACUUUUGCCCCCUCACCAGACAAAACCAUCGACUGCGAUGUCAUCACUCUGAUGGGCACGCCCUCUGGCACAGCUGAACCCUAUGAUGGCACCAAGGCUCGCCUCUAUAGCCUGCAGUCAGACCCAGCAACCUACUGCAAUGAACCAGAUGGGCCCCCGGAAUUGUUUGACGCCUGGCUUUCCCAGUGCUGCCUGGAGGAGAAGAAGGGGGAGAUCUCAGAGCUCCUUGUAGGCAGCCCCUCCAUCCGGGCCCUCUACACCAAGAUGGUUCCAGCGGCUGUUUCCCACUCGGAAUUCUGGCAUCGGUAUUUCUAUAAAGUCCAUCAACUGGAGCAGGAGCAGGCCCGCAGGGAUGCCUUGAAGCAGCGAGCAGACCAGAGCCUGUCAGCAGAGCCUGGCUGGGAGGAGGAGGAAGAGGAGCUUGUGGGCAUUUCACCCACAUCUCCCCAAGAGGCGAAGAUUCCUGUGGCCAAAACUUCCACAUGCCCUGAAGGAGGACGUGGCCCCCAGAACCCGUGUGAAGAGACUCUGGGGACCCAACUUGAGCCCCCAGCAGAGGUGACUCCAUCAGAGAGCAGCGAGAGCGUCUCCCUCGUAACACAAAUUGUUAACCCUGUCACUGCCCCUGAGGCCCCAGUGCUGCCCAAGGACCUGUCCCAAAAGCUGCUGGAAGCAUCUCUGGAGGACCAGAACCCAGCUGCAGAUAUAGGCGAGACUGGACCUGCGCCCCCAGUGCCCACCAAGCCACCAGGCCCUGCUGGCCGCGUCAGCAGCACCGAGCCCAGGCCUCCGGCCAGAGUAGAGAUACUGAGGGAAGAGGGACCUACAGACUUACGGGUGUUUGAGCUGAACUCGGACAGUGGGAAGUCUACACCCUCCAACAAUGGGAAGAAAGGCUCCAGCACGGACAUCAGUGAGGACUGGGAGAAGGAUUUUGACUUGGACAUGACUGAAGAAGAAGUACAGAUGGCCCUUUCCAAAAUGGACGCGUCCGGUGAGCUGGAAGAUGAAGAGUGGGAGGACUGGGAGUGAGCCGGGAGCGAGCAGCUCCCACACCCACAGUACCUCCUGCCUCCCUCACGCUCUCAGCCCAGCCCUGGAAGACACUGACUCACCCAAAUGGCCUCUGCCACCCAAAGCCAUGGGCAUGGAUUCCGGGUGGCUCCCUGCUGGUGCCCUGGGCCCAUGUGUGCCCCAGAGAAGAGGCUCUCUAAAUCCGAACCAGGAACUCUGAUCUGUGCCAACUAUAGGAUGACCCAAGUGGGAAGGCCACACACCUCACUGGAGAACCGACAGUUCUCUGCUCAACAUUCACUAUUCCUGGGGGCGCAUGCUGGGAAGUCCCACAGGACAGCUCCGGCCCUUCUAGACCGAAGCUACACCACCAGUCUCUUGGAGGAAGCCAAGACCACACAUGCGGUCCCCCAUAAACAGGCAUGAAAGACCAUGGCACCUGCCCUUGGCUACAUGGGGAUGGCCAGCACAUUUUUGUUCUGUCCCAGCAGGUGAGGUGUUCACCUCUGGGAAGUUGGUCUCCCUUGGGAGUCUCCUUCUCCCAGGCACUUUCCAUUCCUGGCAAGAUCCUUUGGGGUUCAUACCUGGAGACCAAACUCUGAGCCACCUUCCCCCUUUCCUCCAGCCCACUCUGGGACGUCCUCGGCCCUUGCCCAGGGCUGCUUCGUGUCCACUACACCCAAGUCCUUAGCCCAGCUGUGCCACCUGCAAGAGGCCACUCUUGUAUCCCAUCCCCUCCCCCAGAAGGGGGAGGGGUGGACCACUCCAGGCCCUCCUGUGCGUUGCCUGGCAGGAUACCUUGUCCAACCAGCUACCCACCUUGGCCCCCCUGUAGCUUAGGGCCCGAGCCACGACCAGCGGUACAGGGCACUGAUCAAAGGCAUGUGCUUCAAACUUGGCAAAGUCCAGCUUUGUCCACCUUGCACCCCAGCUGCCGGAAGGGAUGCGCUGGGGGUGACCUUGAAGUACUCUUCAGACUUCUGUAGCAGCUCCUCCCACUGGCAGUCACAGCCCUCACGCUGUCCUGCCCACAGCGCUCUGGUAAAGCAGCAGCCCUCAGGGGUAUGAGGAGCUGCAGGGAUUCCUGGGGACCCUGGUGCUCCAUGAUGCUGCUCUGCUGGGUUUAUACAAAGGCUGGUGGCUUUGCUGGUGAUAUAACAGGGUGGUGGCCAGGGCGUGGAGUGGGUGGGGAUCUGGUGGGAGGGAGAGGAUAUGGAAUCUUUUUCUGAUGGGAUAGGGUUUUUCUCUUUGUAAUUAUCUCUUUAGUUUAACUUUUUGGUUGUUUGUGCAAUAUUAUAUAUUUUAAAUUAUAA